UUCAAUCACUUGGGCAGGGUUGCAGUCAAUAGAAAAAGGCAAGAAGUUGUUUACUUCCAAAAUUUAUAAGUGGACAGAUGACUAGUUUCUGAACUUUGUGUAAUAUGCAAGAAAACUUGGGACCGUAUGGCUGUUUGCCUGUGCAUACUCUCACCUAACAGGGUAAAAGGCUUUGAACCGAAGAUUUUAUAUAAAAGUGAGGUGGUCAGUCAUAUACCUGAGUGUGCCAUAAAGAGCAAGACAUACACUGUCCCUCACAAAAUACUCAAGUCCACAACCACACACACACACCGGGAGGGAGAGAGGAUGGCGUAUCGGAUUCAGGCAAUGGUGUUGGUGGCAACUUUCCUGUUCCCGGCAUUGGCCGAGUCUUUGGUUCGCCAUUACAAGUUCAGCGUGGUGUUGAAGAAUACAACAAGACUUUGUGCAACAAAGCCUAUUGUUACAGUCAAUGGGAAGUUCCCAGGGCCUACUCUCUUGGCAAGGGAGGACGAUACAGUGAUCGUAAGGGUCGUCAACCACGUUCAAUACAACGUUACAAUCCACUGGCACGGAGUCAGACAGUUUCGGACUGGUUGGGCAGAUGGGCCUGCAUAUAUCACCCAGUGCCCGAUACUGCCCGGGCAAAGCUAUAUCUACAAUUUCACCAUCACAGACCAAAGAGGCACACUUCUUUGGCAUGCGCAUAUCACUUGGCUCCGGGCAACAGUUCAUGGCGCCAUUGUCAUCUUGCCGAAGCGCGGGGUUCCGUAUCCUUUUCCUAAACCUGACAAGGAAGAAAUCAUUGUAUUUGGGGAAUGGUGGAAGGCGGAUGUUGAAGCAGUACUGAACCAGGCUAUGCAAUCUGGUUUGGCACCAAACAUAUCAGAUGCACAUACCAUUAAUGGCCAUCCAGGACCUUUUCCAAAUUGCUCUUCUCAGGGUUACACUUUACAUGUUGAAACAGGCAAAACAUACAUGCUACGGAUCAUCAAUGCUGCAGUCAAUGACGUGCUAUUUUUCAAGAUUGCCGGCCACAAUCUAACCAUAGUCGAAGUUGACGCCACCUAUACUAAGCCCUUUAAGACCGACACUCUCUUCAUCGCUCCUGGCCAAACCACCAACGCCCUCCUAACCGCAGAUCAAACUACUGGCAAGUACUUGAUAGCCAUUUCACCCUUUAUGGACACUGUAGUAGCCGUGGACAACCUAACUGCUACUGGUGCCUUAAGGUACAAAAGCACUGUAUCAUUCUCCCCCACGGCCCUCACAACCAUCCCUCCUCAAAAUGCAACGCCAGUUACAAAUGCCUUCAUUGAUUCCCUUCGAAGCCUAAAUUCGAAACAGUUUCCCACAAAGGUCCCUGUGAAGAUUGAUCACUCGCUGUUCUUCACAAUUGGUGUUGGGAUAAACCCUUGUGCUACUUGUGUUAAUGGUAGCAGGGCAGUGGCAAAUAUCAAUAAUAUUAGUUUUGUUAUGCCAACCACUGCUCUUCUUCAAGCACAUUACUAUCACAUAAGUGGCAUUUUCACUGAUGAUUUUCCUGGAAACCCUGCGAUUCCUUAUAAUUAUACUGGCAACCCACCGUCGAAUUUGCAGACUAUGAACGGUACUAAGGUUUAUAGAGUGGCCUUUAAUUCGACGGUCCAAGUUGUACUCCAGGGUACUGCUUUUUUAGCACCGGAAAGUCAUCCGAUCCAUCUUCAUGGAUUUAAUUUCUAUGCAAUUGGGAAGGGAGUAGGGAACUUUGAUCCGGUGAAUGAUCCGAAGAAAUUUAAUCUUGUUGAUCCUGUUGAGAGGAAUACAAUAAGUGUACCGACUGGUGGAUGGAGUGCUAUUAGAUUCAGAGCAGAUAACCCGGGUGUCUGGUUUCUACAUUGUCAUCUGGAAGUACACACAACUUGGGGACUUAAGAUGGCAUUUGUGGUGGACAAUGGAAAAGGCCCAAAUGAAACAAUUCUACCCCCACCCACUGACCUUCCAAUGUGUUAGCAAAUGCAAAUUUAUGGCUUAUUCUCAACCAUUUGUGGGAUUACAAUUGCAUCCGUAGAGGUAGAAGAAAACAAGAGUGCUGGUAGCAAGCGAUUUAACGGGUAGCGAAUAAAGGAGUGGCGAAAAUGAGUUGAUUUUCUGUUAUGUUGCAGAAUUCCAUUUUGAUUGUGAAACUUGUGUUUGGAUUUAAUGUACAAGUAUACUUUGUGCUGAUUAGAAUUGUAAAAGAAUGGGAACAGCAGCUGUGUUUGACUUCUGAAAUUACUACUUCAUGAAUCAGCACUCUCAGGAGAGGGUAUGUCUUUUCUCUUGGAGAACACACUGGCGGGAACAUUUCAAAUCAGUGCCUCGAAAUGGAAGUUUUCUCCUUUUAAGUUAAGUCAAAAGAACGCAGCCUAAAUAUUUGGCCGCAAAAGUGAACCAGUUGUAGCAUUAUAAUCUGAUAUGUGUGUUUAAGAUGGAUGAUAGUAUCAUGAAUUUUUUUGACCUUA